AUGCUGAUUGAUAAUGAAUCCUUGUACCUAUAUAAUCUUACUAUUAAGCAACCGUCCCUGUGUAUUGCUUCGAUUGUAGGUCAAUUCUUAGGUAGUAAGAAAUCACAAGAGAUUAUACUAGCCAACUCAACAUCGAUCGAGUUGUGGAAAGCAGAUUCAAAUACAGGUAAAUUAGAAAAACUCUACCAACAAGCAUCAUUUGGUAUAAUACAGGCACUCGAUAAAAUACGAUUGGUUGGUUCUCACAAAGACUAUGUUGUAAUUUCAUCAGAUUCGGGAAAAUUGGUUGUCUUAGAAUUUGACACAGAGAAAUUACAAUUUGUACCGUUAUUUCAAGAACCUCAUUCCAAGAAUGGGUUGAGAAGAACUUCACCUGGUGAAUAUCUAUGUGUGGAUCCUCACAACAGAGCAAUUCUAAUUAGUGCCAUAGAAAAGAAUAAAUUGGUUUAUAAAGUGCAAUCAAAUGAUGAAGGGAAACUUGAAUUAUCAUCGCCACUAGAGACAUUUUCCAAACAAACUUUAACUUUACAAAUGUGCGCUAUGGAUACUGGAUUUGAAAAUCCAAUGUUUGCUGCUAUUGAAUGUGAUUAUAAUGCGAGCCAACAAGACAAUGGUCAUGUAGAUGAUGACCGCGAUAUUGAUAAGCCAUCAUUACUUUUAAACUACUAUGAGUUAGAUCAGGGAUUAAACCACGUAGUGAAACAUAAAUCCAAUGUCAAAAUUCCCGGAUCUUCUUCACAUUUGAUUCCGUUACCAGAUUUUAUUGGAGGCCUACUUAUUUGCUGCAAAUCGGCAAUUAUAUAUGCUCAUCCGUCUAAAGACAAUCAAUACCUACCAAUACCUAUAAGGUCUAAUACAAACGAAACUAUCAUAGUGAACCACGUUAUCCACAGGCUUAAGAAGAACAACUUUUUUAUUCUAGUCCAAAGUCAAUUGGGGGACUGUUUUAAAAUGACUAUUGAUUAUAACGAGGGUAAUGAAAAUAUUGAAAAUAUCAACAUAUCUUAUUUUGAUACAAUUCCGUUAUCACAAGGCCUUAAUAUAUUCAAGAGUGGAUUUCUUUUUGCUAAUGUUGCAAGCAACAAUAAACUCUUCUAUCAGUUUGAAAAAUUGGGAGAUGAUAACAACUCUACUACGUUACAAUCUUGCAACUUUCCUGACUAUAAGUCUAUAUUUGAAUUGGAUAUAACAAAUCGAUAUUUCAAAGUCGCUGGAUUAGAAAACUUAGCAUUAAUCGAUAUAAUGGAAACUUUGAACCCCAUUACAGAGGGUGCUCUAAUUGAAACAUUACGACCAGAAAUUCCUGACCCAUUUAAGCAGUUGACACUUCUAUCUUCACAUUCAUAUUUGAAGACUUUGACGCAUGGUAUUUCUACCAAUACUGUUGUUUCAUCACCCUUACCUAUUCAGCCAACAGCAAUAAGUACUACGAAGGUUUUUGCGGAGUCCACCAAUGAUGAAUAUUUGGUUCUAUCAUCCACGCUAUCUUCUCAAACAUUAGUAUUGUCUAUUGGUGAGGUAGUGGAAGAAGUGAGUGAUUCCCAAUUCGUUACAAAUGAACCUACGAUAAAUGUCCAACAAGUCGGAAAAUCCUCAAUUGUUCAAAUUUAUUCUAAUGGUAUUAGGCAUAUAAAACACACAUCGAUAAAUGAUCUGAUAGAGAAGAAGUCAACUGACUGGUACCCCCCUGCAGGUAUUUCAAUUAUUAAAGCUAGCACAAAUAAUGAACAGGUUAUAAUUGGAUUAUCCAAUAGAGAAAUCUGCUACUUCGAAAUUGAUCCAGUGGACGAUCAGUUGGUUGAAUAUCAAGAAAGGUUAGAAGUGUCUGGCGGAUCAAUUACUGCGCUCGCAUUGUCUUCUUCACUUAUCAGUAAAUCACAAAGAAAAAGCUCAUUCGCUAUUGUUGGUUGUUCAGAUGAAACUAUUCAGGCCAUUUCGUUAAAGCCUCAUAAUUGUCUUGAGAUAGUUACUUUGCAAGCGUUGUCAGCAAAUGCUGCAUCCAUUGUAAUGGUGCCAUAUGAACAUUCGACAUUAGUUCAUAUUGGUAUGGAAAACGGGUUGUAUGUCCGUGUCACCAUCGAUGAAACAACAGGGAAAUUGUCCGAUACAAGAAUUCAAUUUUUAGGGUCAAAACCUGUUCAAUUAUCUGUCAUUGGAUUGCCACAAUUACAAAAAAACGGUCUUUUAGCUAUUUCUUCUAGACCGUGGAUUGGUUAUCAUUCUAAGGGAGAUUUUAAGAUGACUCCGUUGUUGGAUACUAGCAUUACAAAUGGUGCAUCGUUUUAUUCUGAAGAUAUAGGAGGUGAGGGCAUAGUUGGGAUAGAUAAUAAUAACUUGAUAAUACUUACUAUUGGUAACGCUGAUAGUGAAGAAUCUGGAUUCAACAUUAACGAUGAUUUCAUAAUAAACAGCGUUAAACUACGCUACUUACCUAGAAAGAUGAUUGUUGACAGUCCAACCGACCACAAAGCAAGCUCUUCCACAUAUAUAUAUAUAAUUGAAUCAGAAUAUGGUAUUUUAUCACCAUUCCCUGUCACAAAUCUUUCCGACACUCCGAAUGAAAGCAAAAAUGCAAAUGUGGAUGCCCCAGAAAUAGAUCAAGAUUAUUUCGAUGCGUUUGGUUUUGAGAAAUCAAAGCAUGCUUGGGCAUCUUGCAUUGAAAUUAUAGAUUUUAAUAAUCAAGAGAUUAUCCAAACUAUCGAAUUACCAAAGAAUGAAAGUGCUAUAUCACUUUGUCGUUUACAUUUUGAAUCUAGACAGACUAAAAAUCAAGAAUUUUUAGUCAUCGGUACAACGAAAGAUCAGAAAUUCUUACCUAACUCGUAUUCGAAUAAUUAUUUAUAUACUUUCAUGGUUAACAAGACGUCCGAUAGGAACAAAGAAGUCUUGGAAUUUGUCCAUAAAACUGAGUUAGAUUACCAGCCAACUGCUAUUAUUCCAUUUAAUGGGAAAUUGCUAGUUGGGAUGGGAAACUUCUUACGACUUUAUGAUCUAGGUCAAAGGCAGCUUUUGCGGAAAUCAUCAUCCAAUAUAGACUACUUGAAAAAUAUAGUUAGAUUAACUCAUCAAGGGGGGUCUAGAAUUGUUGUGGGUGAUUCGAGUAUGUCAACGACAUUCGUUAAAUACGAUUCCAUGGAAAAUCAAUUUAUUCCCUUCGCAGACGAUAUUAUGAAGAGACAAGUGACAGCUUUGAUUACAUUAGACUACGAUACAAUAAUUGGAGGUGACAAGUUUGGGAACAUAUUUGUCUCUAGGGUUCCAGAAACCAUUUCACAACAAUCUGAUAAAGAUUGGAGUAUACUAAGAUACCAAGAGUCAUAUCUUAAUGGAUCAGGUUCAAGAUUAAAAAAUAUUUGCGAAUUUUAUUUACAAGAUAUACCUACGUCGUUUACAAAGGGAAGCUUAGUAAUGGGCGGCAAAGAAAGUAUAAUUUAUACUGGAAUACAAGGUACUUUGGGUCUUUUGCUACCGCUUUCUACAGAGAAUGAAGUAAAAUUUUUGGGUGAUUUGCAACUUUUAUUACGCAAAUACUUCGAUUAUAAUUUUGAUGAUUUUGAUAAAAACAAAAAUGGUUACAAUUUACUAGGUAAGGAUCAUUUGAAAUUUAGGAGUUAUUAUAACCCGGUAAAAAACGUUAUUGAUGGUGAUUUAAUUGAAAGAUUUUGUGAAUUAAGUCAUUCAACGAAAAUAAAGAUUGGUUCAGAAUUGAGUAGAACACCGAAAGAGAUCGAAAAGAAGAUCUCAGAAUUGAGGCAUAGAUCGGCAUUUUAG